GUGUGAGAGAGAGAGAGGAGGAAACAGGAGAGAGCUAGCGGAAGGGCGAGCUGCAUUUUAAACAUCCACUUGUAUUCACGUCACGUCGGCACUUCCCUCAGACUCUCGAACAGCCCGAGUGAACGCAGCCCGGGCAAAUCCACAACACUUUAUACUCCUUCCACUAAAAUCAUCUGCCGACGUCGUUACACUUCGAGGAGGUCCCACGCGGCAACCCCACUUCAAACGAUAAAAAAAAAACCCAACAAGGAUGUUCUGGAUCGCCUUUCUAAGCACAAUAACUUUAGGAUGGAGUACGCCGAUCCGGUUGCUGGAGGCGGAUUCCAGAGACUUGGAGGAACCCUGCAUGGAGCCGUGUUAUUGCGAAGAGAGGGAGAGUUUUUUACACGUCCACUGUGAAAGCAAAGGUUUUACAAACGUCAGCCAGGUCACCGAGUCGUGGAGAAGACCGUUUAAGAUCUACCUGCAACGGAACUCAAUGAGGAAGCUCUAUGCGAACGGGUUCCUUCUCUUAACCAACGCAGUGUCCAUUAACCUGGGCAACAACGCUCUACAGGACAUCCAGGCGGGUGCCUUUAACGGCAUGAGGCUCCUGAAGCGUCUGUACUUACACGAGAACAAACUGGAGGUUUUCAGGAACGACACCUUCUUGGGAUUGGAGAGCUUGGAGUAUCUGCAAGCCGAUUACAACGUCCUCAAGAGGAUUGACGGAGGCGCGUUUAGGAACUUCAACCGUCUGAAGGUGUUGAUUAUCAACGACAACCUCAUCCCCGUGCUUCCUUUCAAUCUCUUCAGGAUGGUGUCCUUGACCCACAUGGAUCUGCGGGGCAACCGGUUGAAGACGCUGUCUUAUGCCGGGACGCUGCAAUAUAUUUCCCGGAACCUCAUGGAGAUUCAAUUGGAGGAGAACCCAUGGAACUGCACAUGUGAUAUUCUGCCGCUGAAGACUUGGUUGGAGAGCAUACCGUACACGGUUCUGGUGGGGGAGAUUACUUGCGAGACUCCAUUCCAUCUCCAUGGCAAGGACCUGAGAGAGAUCAGGAGUAGUGAGCUGUGCCCACUUCUGUCUAACGCCGAAGUGGAGGUCAGUCUGGGCGUCCCACAGCUGGCUUCCAGCAACGACAACGUGUGGCCUACUAAACCUUCUUCCAUGUCCCUGUCCGUGACCUACACGGCGUCUUCGGUUGAAUACAAGACAUCAGGUAGAUCGUCCAAAUCAACCAAGACGCCCAAGACUUUAAAAGCACAGCCGACCCUCCGCAGCGUUUAUUCUGGGCCCAAUCACCCCGUUGUAGCGGGAUACCAGACUAGACCACCAAUCCCCAUCAUUUGCCCGGCCAAAUGCUCCUGCAGUCUGCACAUAAACGACUUGGGCUUGACGGUGCAGUGCAAAACCAAAGGGAUUGAGAACAUGUCUGAACUAAUCCCACGGCCAUUGAACGCCAGGAAGUUGUACUUGACGGGGAAUCUGAUUCAAAAGAUAUAUAGGUCUGAUUUCUGGAAUUUCUCCAGUUUGGAUCUCUUGCACUUGGGAAGCAAUGGUAUUUCUUACAUCCAAGAUGGUGCUUUCAUGAAUCUUCCAAAUUUAAAGAUCCUGUACCUGAACAACAACACAAUCGAGCGCCUCAGCCCGGGUAUGUUCAGAGGCCUACAGAAUUUGCAAUACUUGUAUUUUGAAUACAACAUUAUAAGCGACAUCCAGCCCGCGGCGUUCAGCUUGAUGCCCAAUCUCCAGCUGUUGUUCCUCAACAACAAUCGGCUGCGGAUCCUUCCGUCCGAUGCUUUCACGGGCACUUCUCUGGCCCGCCUGAGCUUGAGGAGCAACAACUUCCUCUACCUGCCCGUGAGCGGGGUGCUCGAACACCUGGACUCCAUCGUGCAGAUCGACCUCAACGACAACCCUUGGGAUUGCUCCUGCGACCUGAUGGCCCUCAAGCAGUGGGUGGAGAAGAUCAGCACUGUCAUCAUGGUCGGCGACGUGUUCUGCAAGACGCCGGGGUUCCUCGACGGCAAAGACCUCAAGAAGGUGGACUACGAGAUACUGUGCCCAGAUUUGAAGCACGCCGCCGCUUCCCCGGCGCUCCCCGGCUCGGCUCGCAAUGGGAACGUGAUAUCGACAGCGUCUGGCUUCGGGUUCACUUCGCAAGGUGGCGCUAUCCCUCUUUCCGUCCUCAUUUUGAGCCUGUUGAUUAUUUUCAUUUCCGCCGUGUUUAUUGCAGCUGGACUCUUCGCCUUUGUGCUCAGGAGACGCAAGAAAUCGCCCUCCUGUCGGCGGCAGGACGUGGAUUUGACUGGCAUGCAAAUGCAGUGCAGGAUCUUCGAGGAGCGGGCUGCCAACUCGCCCGAGAAGGCAGCCAGCCACGUCUACGACUACAUCCCCCACCCGGUCACUCAAAUGUGCAAUAACCCCAUCUAUAAACCGCGGGAGGGGGAAAUGGAGGCGGAAUUUGCGGAGACUCAGGAAAUCGACGGCAAUUACAAAACUCUGGAGAAAGACAAGGCGUGGAAAAUGUCGCUGUCCAACAGCAACCUUAAUACGAUAGUGACAAUUAACCAAACGAACGAUUUUGCCAACUUCCCAGACAAUGGGGUGAUUUACCCCAGCGUGCUGGACAGAGAGAGGGCGGCUCACACCGUUGGCUUUGUAGACUGCCUCUACGGCACCGUGCCCAAGUUAAAAGAACUGCACGUUCACCCGCCAGGCAUGCAGUAUCCCGAUUUACAACAAGACGCCAGGUUUAAAGAAUCCAUUCUAUGUGGUUCCUCUGGCCGAGGUUAUCCAGACCAACCCCAAAGCGAAUACCUCGAUUUAAGGGCCAAACUUCAAACCAAGCCAGACUACCUCGAAGUCUUAGAGAAGUCGACGUAUCGAUUUUAGUCACCACCUCCACAGAAAACGACCCCCCCGCCCCACCCCCCAAUCAUCGCAUGUUUAGAAGGUAAAGGAAACAAAAAAAAAAUCAUCACCCCUCUUCAUCCAUCCGCCAUUAAGUUGCUUUGACGAAAGGCCAUUUUCAAAUCAUACUCAAUGAAGUGCCUUUGCAGACUUAAGCCAGCAAUGAUAUCAAUCAUAUUUUUUUAUGGAAACGAAAAUUGACUGAGCCUUUCCAGGCCUGAUUAUCGAACGUCCUGUAAAAAAAAAACCCAACCCAAUUCAUUACUGGCAGAGACUUUGGUCACUUUAUUCGAUAGGAAAUGAUGGCUCUCUCUCUCUCUCUCUCUAUUUCUCCCUUGCUCUCUCGUCUUAGCAAACGCCGAGGGCAUGUUGUGUGAAACAUUUGACAGCAGUCUUGCUGCAUGUGAAACUGCCGGGGUGUACCUUGCUCAAAUGACAAGACUUGGUAAUUAAAAGGACUCCAACGCUUUAUCGUUCAGUGUUAUUUAAUUUUUUUAAUAUAUAUAUAUUAUAUAUAAAUAUAUAUUAUACUCGAGAGGAAUAUAAAGACUACGGCGCAUCUAAGGAUUUCAAUUUGUCAAUCUGACGCGAAGAUUUUAUGAUAAACACGCACUUUCUUAAAAAAAAGCUCGUUAAUGUUGAUGCUUACACCACUAACAGCUUUGUAAGAGGCACUUUUAAUGUUUCUCUCUCUCACACACACACACCACAUACACACACACACAUGCACAUACAUCAGCACACACACACACACACACAUCAACACAAUCACACACACACACAGACUUCAAAACGUGCAUAUUUAUUCUGUAAUUUCUGUGAACGAUCAAUGUAAAGUUAAUAAUGUUAACUCAAUGUAGUGACUACGUCUGGUAAAGUUUUUAUAAUAAAAGAUGUUUAAACUA